AUGCGGGUGGUAAAAAGUAAUGUUCCAAAAGAAGAUGUCUACCAAAAUGACAGCAUCUACUCCUCCUGUCCCCAUAAACCUAACACACGCCUCAAUGUUGCUCGAAAUAGUGCAUUGACAGGUGUUUCUAUCACAGCUACUGAAGUUCAGGUUACUGUGAGCCCAAUUGAGCACAUCCUUACCUUGUUGAUCGCCAAUAAUGCGACAAUACAAUCGUUAGAAUCCAAACUAAAAACCACGUCGGAGGAAAUAGCCCAUUUGAAGGCCAGACCAGAGUGGUCGAUUACUGGUACCUUUGGCGAUGAGUAUAUUAAGUCACUUGCGCUAGCUAUCGUCAAAUACUUCAGAAUUUACAAAUGUUGUAAGCCCGUGCCUAAAAGUCCCAACGCUAUCCACGUAAUUAUGAAACGACCUGAGUGCAGAAACAUUCUUUCUGUUGAUGUGAUGUCUGAUGAUGAGUCGAACAUAGAUAAUAAAGUCCAGGAGUUUAUCACUGCUGUUGAUAGCUUUACUGUCAAGCGUUUGAAGAAAAAUGCAAAGAGCUUGUUAAAGCGCAUCCCUGAUGAGAAGGAAACGAGUAUGCCCCAGAAUUUGGCAGUCACAUUGUCAGAAUGGUGUUUUUCUAAAUAA